CUUGCCGAUUCAUCACACACUGACAAGAUGCUGCUGCCCCUGGGACGACUCCUGCUCUGCCUGCCCCUGGCACACGCCGCUGCGGUGGCCGUGCCUCGGCAGGAUAUCAAUGAGCCCGUCGAGAGCGACCUGCAGCUCGGUGCCGUCGUCGGCGGACUCACCAGCGGCCUGCUCGGGCAGCUCAACACUGCCAUCUCGACGGGCAACCUGGAGGGCGUCCUCACCCAGCUCCGGAACCUGACACCCGGCAACAAGCCCAGCAGCGUCGCCGAGGUCACGUCCAUCCUGCAGCCGAUCGCCCAGACCAAGUCGGCAACCAUCAUCGACUACGGCGCCCAGCUCAUCGCCAACGGCAUCCUGUCGGGCACCGUGGAGGGCCUCUUUGACUUUGCACAGGGCGCCGCCUCGGGUGCUGGCGGCAGCGACAACGUAAACCCCGACCCGUCCAGGAGCGUCUAUCCCAAGGCCAAAGCCUGCGACGCGCCAUACUCGGUGCCCGAGGACAAGCUGCGCUCGGCCAUCUACAUCCCGCCGACCUUUACGUACGGCCAGAAGCGGCCCGUCAUCCUCUUCCCCGGCACGGGCAACACGGGGUACAUCACCUUCUCUGGCAACUUCAUCCCGCUGCUCACGGGGGUCGACUGGGCCGACCCGGUCUGGGUCAACGUGCCGGGCCUGCUGCUCGACGACGCGCAGGUCAACUCCGAGUACGCGGCCUACGCGAUGAAUUACAUUGCGGCCCUGACCUCGCGGGACGACGUCGGCAUCGUCGCCUGGUCCCAGGGCAACCUCGACUGCCAGUGGGCGUACAAGUACUGGCCGAGCACGCGCGCCGUCGUGACGGACCACGUCGCCGUGAGCGCCGACUACGCGGGGACCGUGUUUGCCAACGCCGCCACCCUGCUGGUGCCCCUUCUCACCAACGACCCAAGCGUACUCCAGCAGGAGGCCGGCAGCGCCUUUGUCACGCGGCUGCGCCAGGGCGGCGGCGACUCGGCGCUCGUGCCCACAACCAGCCUGUACUCGGGCUACUUUGACGAGGUGGUCCAGCCGCAGAGCGGCACGGGGGCAUCCGCGUUCCUCCGGGGCGCCACCAACGUCGAGGUCCAGCAGGCCUGCGGCGGCAAGGGCCUGGCGGGGACGUUCUACACGCACGAGGGCCUGCUGGUCAACCCGCUGGCUUUCGCGAUGGCCAAGGACGCCCUGACCCACGAGGGGCCGGGCCAGCUGGCGAGGGUCGAGGGCGGGCUGGACGAGGUCUGCAAGCCGUACCUGGCGCCGGGGCUGGGGCUGGACGAGCUGCUGCUCACGGAGAAUGCGGUCUUGAUCGCCGUGCUCAGUUUGAUCCUGUACCCGGAAAAGGUGGCUGCCGAGCCGGCAUUGAAGAGCUAUGCCACGAGUCAGACUCGGAGCUGCUAGUGUAUAUAUUCCUAUCAGAGUAUAUAGUUGUCCUAAUGUUUAAUUCUUGCAACCCACUACACGAUCGGGCUGUAAAAGCCGAACCGGUUCAUCGGGUCAAACUCCCUCUUCAGCGCCCGCAGCCGCUGCAGCCUCGCCGGGUCCUCCCCGUACACCUCGGGCACCGACUCGUCUCCCAUGGCAUAGUUCACAUAGCUGUGCGGCUUCUCGGCGUCCCUCGGCCGGACCGCCUCCUGGAACUUGACCCCCCACGCCCUCACCUCGGCCACGUCCCCCUCGUCCGCC